UGGUGGAUACCGAGAAUGUAUCUCCUCGUCCUCUUUGUUGCGGCUCUCCAAACACUCAACGUGACGCCUGCGCGACAUACGCUGCGUUAUUUCGUGACGGGGUCCUCUCAAAUCGCAAAUCUGCCAGAUUACUGGGAGGUCGCGUAUGUGGACGACGUUGAGAUUUUGCAGUUUGACGGCAACAGCCGCAAAACGAAAGCCAAGCUGGACUGGGUGAACAAAAUCGCAGCAGAGGAUCCAGACUUGUUGGAUCGAGAGCUGUACAACAGUAUCGGCAAUGAGCAGGUGUUCAAAAUCAACCUUGAAAUCGCUAAAGAGCGCUUCAACCAAACUGGAGGCGUUCACAUGAUCCAGUGGAUGUUCGGCUGUGUAUGGGAUGACGAGACUGGUGAGGUGGAUGGUUGGAGUCGGCACAGCUAUGACGGAGAAGACUUCAUCUCAUUUGAUUGGAAAACGAUGCGAUGGAUCGCAGCCAAUCCACAAGCUUUCAUCACAAAGAACAAGUGGGAACAAUUGGACGGCUACAAAGAAUACACGAAGAGAUACCUCACUGAGAUUUGUCCUGCUGACUUGAAGACGUACGUCAGCCAUGGGCGGGACUUCCUGAUGAGAACAGAGCUUCCGACGGUGUCUCUCCUCCAGAAGACGCCUUCCUCUCCGGUCACCUGCUUCGCGACGGGUUUCUACCCCUUCACAUCGGAUCUUUACUGGACGAAGGACGGCGAGCAGCUGUACGAGGACGUGGAGAUGGGCCGGACGCUCCCCAACCACGACGGAACCUUCCAGACCGCGGUCCACCUGAACGUGGAGGUGCCGCCCGACGCGGAGGCCAAGUACGAAUGUGUGUUCCGGCUAGCCGGCGUCGAGGAAGCCAUCGUCGUGAAGUUGGACGGCAAAAACAUCCUGAGCAACGCGCGCGACGCAGAAGAAGAACGAGUCAAGAUGGUGGUGGGCGUCGCGUUGGGGGUCCUGGCUGUGCUGGUGCUGGCGGCGGGGGUGGCAGCGGUCCUUGUCAAGCGUCACCGGAAGAGACGAGCAAUGUACUCUGCAGCGUCCGUUUCCGAGCCCCUUGCUGAGGGAGACGCGGCGGCCAUCGCACGACGCCAAGAAGACGAGAAGAGGCCCGCUGAGCACGUUCUCAUUACAGCGCCUUUGAAAACGCAGAAAAAAACGUUUUUAUAACACAAACUACAUCAUUAUAAAAAUUGUAAAAUACGUAACUUCAGGCCUUUUUAAAUAUGAACACACAAGGGUUAAGUAGCGCUCCUAAGGUGUCUGUUUUUGGGUUUGUUCCAUUUCAAAUGGAAAUUAUUAUUUAUUGAAUUUGUCGUCGGCAAGAUUUUGCCGCGGCCAGCAGAGGAAAGUUUAUGGCUCUCUGUCUAGUUUUGAUUGUGUUUGAGCGAAGGGCACUCCGCCGUUUCCUCAUCGGGUCUCGGCAAGCUUUGUCGCGCGGCCAAGUCUCUGUUGGAUGAAUUGAUUUUGCUCGCUGUUGUAUCCUCGACCUUUUAGUUCUUGUUUUGCCGUUGAACUUUGGAAGUAUUUUCACGCAGCAGGAAGUGGUAAAAAAAAGUGUGGGACGAAUAAAGGAUAUCUUAUCUUUAUGAUACUUUUUUUUUUAAAAUUGAUCUUAUCUUUGGUUUGGCGUAAUUGGACUUCUUCUCGCUGUUCCCUCGAACUUUGCCUUUUGUUUGAUGAGAUUUUUGUUUGUUUGUUUGCUGGACGGCCCGGUAGUCCAGUGGUUAGCACGCCGGCUUCACAGUGCAGAGGUAUCGGGUUCGAUUCCAGCUCCGGCCUCCCUGUGUGGAGUUUGCAUGUUCUCCCCGGGCCUGUGUGGGUUUUCUCCGGGUGCUCCGGUUUCCUCCCACAUUCCAAAAACAUGCGUGGCGGGCUGAUUGAACACUCUAAAUUGUCCCUAGGUGUGAGUGUGAGUGCGAAUGGUUGUUCGUUUCUGUGUGCCCUGCGAUUGGCUGGCAACCGGUUCAGGGUGUCCCCCGCCUACUGCCCGGAGACGGCUGGGAUAGGCUCCAGCACCCCCCGCGACCCAAGUGAGGAUCAAGCGGUUCGGAAAAUGGAUGGAUGGAUGGAUGUUUGUUUGCUUUUCCUGGCUCCUUGUGGCCAGCGAUUUCAGCCUGUACUUUUCUGCAAUAAAUAUUUUUGUUUUUGCA